CCGACCUUCUCUCCGCGCUUUGCUCUCCUACGAGCGGCGGUUCCGCCGCCACUUCGACGCCGCCGGCGCCGUCUUCUCCGCCUCCGCCGCCAAGCUCGAGCUGUCCGCGCGCCUCCUGCGCGAGCGGCGCGUGCAGGGGCGGCGGCUCGCCGCCGCCGGCCGCAGCCUGGGCCACACGUUCGAGAGGCUGCGCCGGCGGCACGCCGACUUCGCCGCCCGCUCGCAGGCAGCGCCGGCGCCACGCCGCGCUGCUGGCGCGCUUCGAGGACGACCUCGCCGGCUGCGGCCGGCGGAGCUCCACCCGCGCUCCGCUCCGCGGGCCGCAGGUGUUUGAUCGAUUUGCUCAGAGAGCCCGACGCGCGAGCGCGCGCCGACGCCUGCCGCGACUCGCACCGCAGGUUCGCGGACAUGGUUUCGCGGCUGGGAUCGGAAUUCGCCGAGCUGAAGAGGAGAGUGGAGGGUUUGCUCGUUUUGAUGGACUCGGCCAGCGGCGGCAGCGGCAAGAAUCUCGAGCUUUUGGUGAAGGACCACCAUAAAGUUCUUCGCAACCAGCGAACCAUAAUGCAGGCCUUAAGUAAAGAUGUCAACAUUUCGAAGAAGCUCGUCGAUGAUUUUUUGAGCUCCCAGGCUUCUAUCUCUUUUAGCGCUCAUGACGCAGUUUCGGUUGUCGGUCGUAUGCACGAUGUUCACGAGAAGGAUCAUCUGCCCAAUAUGAGGGAUUUAGAUCGCAAACUAUCGAAGUUGCUUGACACAUGCAAGGGUAAGAAAAAUGACAUGAACCUGUUGAUGCACACCACCAUGAAGAAGGUAAAAUCCGCCCAAUUUGGUAUCAAGGGAAUGAUGAGCGAGCUGCAUGCGUUCCAGGAGUUGAUGGAAAAUCAAGACACGGAAUUUCAUACUCUGGAAAAAAUUAACGGAAUGGGCCAUGCGUACAGGGCUUGUCUUGCCGAAGUAGUAAGGCGGAAGUCGUUCUUAAAAUUGUACAUGGGCCUCGCUGGACAAAUGGUUGAAAGGAUUGCCGGGGAGAGAGAAAAUGAGAUUAGAAAACGCGAGCGAUUCCUCAAGAGAUGGUGCAAGUUCAUUCCGCGUGAAAUCUUUCAAUCCAUGGGAUUGUUGGAUUCUCCAAGUCAAUGUGCUGUUAGUUUAAAUCCUUUUGAUGAGUGUCUGCUGCCAAUUGAUAUAGCCGAUGUGGACCGAUUCGCGCCGCAAUCUCUAGUAGGCCCGUCUUCUAAAUCUACUGAUAGUACCUUUGAUUUGAUAAAAUCUGAAGAAAGCUCCUUGCCUGCUGGCGAGAAGGCUGGAUUUCGGGAUAUUCUUGAGGGUUGCGAUGCGCUCGACAUUACGGGAACCAGCAGGAUGGAAGUUGAGAAUGUGAGAUUAAGAGCUGAACUUGCUUCCGCGAUUGCCAUAAUCUGCGGUUUUCGUGCUGAGAUUGGAUCAGAAUCAGUGGAUGCAGACCAAAUUGGUAGUAAGCCAUUGGAAGGUAUUAAGGAAGCGACGGAUGAAGCUCUUCGGCUGAAAGAUGAAUACGCAGAUCAUCUUCAGUCAUUGCUGGUUAAGCAGCAGGAGCAGUGCUUGUCCUAUGAAAAGCGUAUUCACGAGCUCGAACAAAGAUUGUAUUCGCAAGUGCGAAAGCCCUCGACCAAUAACAGUGCAUCUGAUUCCACCUUUUCAGCGUAUAAGGCUAAUGAUUGUAGUUUAGAUGGAGACAUGGUUUAUUCUACACCUGAUUCAAUGAAUCCAAAAUAUGAUACCGAGCAAAACAAGCGUGGAGAAGGUGGAGACGAAAACAUGGCUAAUUUAUCGAGCGUAUUAAGUAUGCAGUCAUCGGAUUUAUCAAUACUGGAACAUCCAGAAUAUGAAAACCAAGGUGGUGGAAUUAGCAAAGAAGCGACAAAGAAUGAUUCGUCUGAUGUCCCAACAGAUCCUUUUGAUUUUGUAACUUUCGGAGUUAAUGACCAAGUGGCGUUGGACUCAAAACCUACGGAUUCUCUUGCAUCGGACCUGCAAAUUGCCCUGGAAGAGAAGUCAAACUGGCUGGAGGAAACUGAAAAUAAGCUUAGAGCCAGUACGGAGGAGGUUAUCUAUCUGAGGAGAGAGUUGGAAAAUAGUCGAAAUCUUCUUGAUGAAUCUCAGACGAACUGUGCGAACAUGGAGAACUGCUUACAUGAGGCGAGAGAGGAAGCCCGUACUAUUAAAUGUGCAGCCGAGAGGAGGGCUGCAGAAUAUGAGGAUUUGCGUUUGUCCGCUCUGAAAGUGUGUACUGUAUUUGAAAGGCUUUGUGGCUGUGUCAAUGAUCCUGGUGUAACUGAGUUUGCGGACUCUCUCCAAUCUUUAGCUCUUUCUUCAUCCAGUUCUAUUACAAAGGAAGAAGGUGAUGGCGAUGCUGAGUUACACCAAUGUAUCAAGGUCCUUGAGGAGAAAGUGGGUUCUCUUUCUCAGAAGAACACCGAGCUAUUAGACCGUUCUUCUAGGAUGGAAGCCGCACAUGGAUGUCAAGUAAGAGAUUUGCAGGAGAAGGAAGAGUUGAUUCGAUUCUUAAACAGUGAAUAUCAGAAGGAGAAAAAGGCAAGGAAAGAGAUGAUAUCAUUUGGCCAUUUUGCGGCCCACGACCUUGCGGCCUUUGUAUGGAAUUCCACUGGUACUUGUGAAGCAAUCAACCGAGACUGCUCAAAAUACUCUCUGUCGGAGGAAUCCAUCGCCCUACUCGCAGGAAAACAAUCGAGCCGUCCACUUUACAUUAUCGGGAAAGUUGUGCACAUUGAACGGCGGAUAGCGGGGCCAUUGAUGUGACUCGAAAUCUACCAUCGAUUCAGGUUCGGGUUUACGACUCGCCGACAGCUUCGUGGUGUGACCAAUUUGGAGAGGAAAAUUAUGGA